CUAUUCGUUGUAAAAAACUAUUUGUCACGAUUCGAGCUCGUAGUAUUUCCGUUGUUAUAGAAGUGUACCUGAGACGAAUGGACAAGUACGUUCGCCAGGGAAUAAAAUGAUCUAUAAACUAACUCGAAGUGAUCCACGUACAAGUGAGUUUGAUAAAAUGUGAUGUACUUUAAAAAGUAAGACUUGCAAGUGGAAACCAACGAUAUUUACACGUAGUUAUAGCGCUAUACGUCGCGAUAUUGAGAGAAAUUAGGACGAGACGUUUAAAUAUUCGGAGCACGAGUAAAGAUUUGAAUAUCGAAGCGAGCAGACUCCAGGUCGACCGCCGGGAAAAUGGACACGAUGAAACCUGGCUGGUUCAGUGAAAUCAAUGAUCUGUGGCCAGGUAUCGCGUUGUCCCUCGAAGUUGUCAAAAUACUCCAUCGGGAGAGGUCGCAGUAUCAAGACGUAAUGGUGCUUCAAACGAAGUCACAUGGAAAAGCCCUAAUUUUAGAUGGUAUUAUACAAUGCACGGAGAGAGACGAAUUCUCGUAUCAAGAGGCGAUCGCUUUUCUACCACUGUGCAGCCAUCCAGAUCCAAAAACGGUUUUAAUAGUCGGAGGCGGAGAUGGCGGGGUUGCUCGCGAAGUUGCGAAACAUCCGGCGGUAGAAAGGAUCGUGCAGGUUGAAAUUGACGCAAAAGUAUUGGAGAUUUCGAAAAAAUACUUGCCUUUGUUGAGUGCAGGGCUCGAUCACCCAAAAGUCACUCUCAACAUAGGCGAUGGCUUCGAAUUUUUGAAGCAGCAUAAAGAACAAUUCGACGUUAUAAUCACGGACAGCAGCGACCCUAUUGGCCCAGCAAAGUGUUUGUUCCAAGAAUCGUAUAUCAGUCUAAUGAAAAGUGCAUUGAAACCCGGCGGAAUCGUUUGCAGUCAAGCAGGAACUGCAUGGGCCAAUCUCGAUCACGUAGUUCAAACUUUGCAACACUGCAAAUCCGUGUUUCCGGUCGCAUCUUACGGAAUCGUGGCGGUGCCAACUUAUCCAACAGGACAAAUUGGUUUUGUUCUCGGUAGCUUAAAUACUGAAACGAACUUUAAAGAGCCAGUGAAAGUUUUCAGUAACAACGAUCUCGAUGAAAUGAAAAUUAAGUACUACGACGACGAAGUGCAUCGAGCUGCAUUCGUCUUGCCAAGGUUCAUAAGAAAAUCAUUGUACCAGACGGACGAUAACAAGUAACUUCAGUUAACAAAUUAACCGCGAGGAAAAGGGCGAAUCUCAUAAAAUAACAAUGUCAGUACAUGAUAAUUGAAUCAUUGUUGUUACAUUCCCUCCAGUUGCAUCGAACUGCAUAGAAUUGUUAAUCGUACGAAGAUCAAUUCAAUUUUCAAGCCAAACACCAUUACAUUUACAUUGAAUGUACUAUAUAGGCGGCACGUUGUACACUCUUCUUGCACUCGAAUCGAGGCAAUGACAAUAACAUGACAACAAAAUGUUAAAAAUUCUUUAUUACCUGAACGUAAUAGAUCUAUUAUGUAUAUUUGCGAAACUUCACUGUAAUAUAGUAAUAAAAUAAUAUUCGUUAUGAUAAUCAGCAUUACUGCGCUUAAUAAUAAUAGAUAUAAUUAAUAAUAAAAUUGAAGCAAUAAUAAUAUAAUAUUACAAUUUUUAUAACAUUCCGCCGUAAUACAUAGAUGCGUAAGAUUUAAUGGAUCGUGUUAAAAGUAACGCUUAAAAAUAUACUGGAUAUAUAUGAAAUGAAUUGUUAAAACGAUGCUGCAAAAUGUUAAAACUGCGAAUAACGCGCUCGUUGCUUGUUUAUUCUUUAAUAUAUUAACGUUAUACACAGAAUAUAUAAUAUAUCUAUCGCAUAAUUGUCUUCUAUAGUUCGUUAUCUCUUUAUGUAUACAUUUCUUAUAUAUCAUGGCACACAUCUAUAUAGGUAUACGUAUAUAAAAUAAAAACACGAUUGGCGAUCGUUCUCAAAAUAUAUAAUACUAAAUGCAAUAAUGUAUAUGUAUAUACACGUAUACGCCAUUACUUUGGAAAAGUCUGACAAUAAAAAAUUUCCUUCCCUUCGUUUCUCGCGAACGAAUUUUCUCUUCCUUUUCUUUAUCGUACCAACAAAUAUUAAUAAAGCACUCGAUUUUUGGUAAUAUUGAAAAAAACCCUUACGUCCACUACGAGCGCGUGAAAAAAGCGGCAGCUCAUAAACACUUAGGCACUUUUUGUAUUUUUCUUUUUCGUUAUCUUCCCUCGAAAUAUCUAACAUCUAUUUACAGUUCUUUAUCUUCGAAAGACUAAUAAUAAUUGCACUGAUCGAUCACUUCAAACACGCCUGUUCUUCAACCAUCGAUCUCCCCCAGAAAUCUCCAAGCUUCGAUGAUUUCUCUAAAAUAUUUUUAUUUUAAAGCCUCUACUUGUCUCGAAUUCGUUUAUUAUCUCCUCUUUUUAGGCGAAACUUCGUUGCUUUAACCCUCGAUUACGAUUCAUUUUAGCAACCAUUUUAUUACGAAUCAAAAUGUAAUGAUAAGCAAUCGAAGAAGAGAAAAUUUCGUUUUGAAUAUAAUAUAUAAUAUAUAAUUUUAUUCCGUUUAAAAAAAUGAUAAUUUAACUUCUGCGUGAACAAUAAAAUAUUUUAAUAUUUCGUAUUAACAAGUCGACCAUUUUAGUUUGUAAUUUAGGGUUAAAGCUAUGCACAUGUAUAUACAAUUUUACAUAAAAACAAAUACCAUCGACCAUUUCAAUUCUUCCAGAAAUUUUAAUAAAUUGUUUAUGAUUUCUCAGACCAUUUAAUUUCCAAAUUUAGUUGCGUUAAAUUAAUAUAUUUGUUCGUAUUUAAUUAGUUCGUUAGAAACCUGCGAAAAAGCUUAAUUUGCGCAGUAAAAAAAAUAAAUUUAUCGUUUUUUAACAUGUUUAUAAUACAAUAUUUACUUCGCAUAUUACUUCUUCGCCUUUUCUACCAGCAGAUUAUUUUUAUUCCGAUGUGUCCCAUUCAUUCGGUACUCUGUAACUUACAAGGUGUAGACACGGUUGCAAAAGUCGUGGCAAACAUCAUUUUACACCCUGUGCAUUGUUCAUUUUCACUCGUUAAAUAUUUUUGGACAGUCCCGACUGAAAACGAGCCACCGCCAUUGAACGGUAAAGGGAAACCUCGCGAUAGCAGGGAAUAGCAAAAGAAUACAAGAGAAAGGAAACACAGGGAACAAACAGCAUUCAGAACGAAUAAAGGCACGCUUAAACGUUAAUGUUAAUCACGAAAACGGAAAAUGUUAAGUGGGGAGGGGGAUGAAAACACCGAGGGUCGAUGCCACA